UUCUUAUUACUACUGUUUCACUCAUGGCCCCAAACCCUCCUUACAAAAUAUGCUUUGUACCCAAGAGCAGAGAAGAAGAGGAAGAAGAUGAGAAAAUCUACAAGAGAUGCAAGGAAAUCGUUGCCACUACACUUCCCACAACAAAAGGUAGGUCAGGUAAACCAAUCUAUCAGUACCAAGGCUUUUGGUACGACUCUGGAGUGCAUGGUGUUGGACCAUUGGCACUUCAAGAACACUUCAAGGCAAGACCCAGUGACAUUCUUCUUGCUAGCAUCCCCAAGUGCGGCACAACUUGUCUGAAAUCAUUAGCCUUUGCUGUCAUGAAUCGCAAAUCUCAUCCUCCUUCAGUUCAGCUGCAGCAGCAGCACCCUUUGCACAUAUUCAACUCGCAUGAUCUAGUGCCAAGGAUGGAGUGGAUCCUAUAUAACAACAACUUGAAUGGUGACCGAAUUUCCAACCUCGAUAUCCUUCCAUCUCCUAGACUGUUUAGCACACACAUGCCUUACACAUCACUACCACAAUCUGUAGCACUUUCAGGCUCCCGGAUCGUAUAUAUUUGCCGGAACACAAAGGAUAAUCUAAUAUCGUGGUGGCACUUUAUCAACAAGAUAAGAUCCAACAACUCCUUAGAACCUAUAAAACUAGAAGAAGCAUUUGAGAUGUUUUGCAAAGGGAAGUCUUCACUUGGGCCAUUUUGGGAACAUGUGUUGGGUUAUUGGAAAGCAAGCUUAGAAAGGCCUCAAAAUGUUCUAUUUUUAAAGUAUGGAGAAAUGGUGGCUGAACCAGCUCUUCACUUAAUAAGGAUUGCAGAGUUUAUAGGGUGUUCCUUCUCUUUGAUGGAAGAGAAGCAAGGCGUGGUUGAUCAAAUUAUAAAGCUUUGCAGUUUUGAGAAUUUAAGCAACUUGGAAGUGAAUAAAACUGGAACAUGUGGUAUUGGUAUUCCAAACAAUGCCUUCUUCAGGCAAGGUAAAGUUGGAGAUUCUGCAAAUUAUCUCACAUCUGAGAUGUUAGAGCAACUUGAUCAGAUCACAAAGCAAAAAUGGCAUGGUUCGGGCUUGACACUCUAAAUUAAUUACCAUGUAUCUUGGUUUUUCUAUUGUUUGGUUUGCUUCCAUAUUUCUUGUGUUAGGAGACAGGUUCGCUAUCGGUUUUGGCCUUGUAUUAUUGGUUUACUAUUUUGAUUAUCUGAGUGUUCUGUUUUAUUUUUCUUUUGAUUGGCU